CACCUAUUAUGUAUGGCUACAUAAGGGGAGGUAUGCAAGCACCUGAGGUCACUUAUGUACGUAAGAUCAAAAGGAUUGAUCACCGGCAUGGUUCAUCCCAGCGUCGAUUGUCACAUUGCGCUAGUCUCACAAAAGUCGAUCGAACCCUGCAAGGCGGCGGCGUUUACGCUUGCGUCUUUCGUACACUUACAUAUACAUGUAAGUACACCCGCUCCCACGUCCGCGCAGCAAUUUAAGGAAGCAGUGAAGCAGUAUAUGCAAAUGUAAACGGCCAUCAGCCGUCCAAGUGCUGUCACAAUGCCCAUCUUGGCUUGGCUAUUUGAAUUUGACGGUGCUAGAUGCAUAUGCUUUGCAGAUUUGAGCAACCCAGGGCUCUGGAAGCAGACUUGGCAAUGAAACUUGUAAGUUCGAACUCAUAUAUGACCAUCCAACAAUGACUAGCAUUCAAUGUGAGCCAAGCUGAGUGAGUGUUGCACGUAGGCUUGGCUCUGUGAAUUGUCGCGCACAAAAGGUUCUUGGCAUAUGUGCAAUGUCACUUGAGGUUGAUUAGGGCUGGGAGGGAUUGGUAUGGUUGGGUAUGAUGAUUUCCUUGAGCCGAAAUUUAAUGAGUAAAGAAUUGAAGAAAAAAGAGGAUGAAAAGCUUAAAUGGUCAAGUGACAAUGCCAACCGUCUUUGUGGUUGCUUUGCAGUUUGAGCCCUGGAGCUUUCAAGUUGCUCUUUUCUUUUUUUUAUUACGACGUCACUCAACUCAAAAGCUGUUCGCAACCCUUGCAAGAUCGACCAACAGCAUUUUUGCUCAUGUACUUAUAUGUAUGUACUACUAUAUAGUAGGCAGGUACGUAUGUAAGUAUGAUCUGAUCGUUUUAAGGUUCCAAUGUUGGGGUAAGUACGAGAGAUAGAUCAAAUCACUUACAUACAUCCAUCCAUGAUGGAUACAUGUACCUGAAUGGAUGGAUACUGUGCCUACUAUAUGUAGGUAGACAUGGAGAAUGGAGAAUGGAGAAUGGAG